AAAACAGUAAAUCUUGGUUUUCCCUCAGUCAAAAUAUGGCAACUCUGUCUGCUCCAGUAGUUCAGUACGGCAGGCGUAAAGGACACAACAAAACUCCACCACUUUUAGUAGAAAAGUCUUUUGGAGAUUCAAAAGGCCCUGUAGGAAUUUUCUUUCACGGUGGAACAGAUCUUCGCCAGGUUACUGUGUUACCUAAAGCUGAAUGGGAGAGGAUUCAAGGAAGUCUCAACAGUUUGACUAGAGAGGAAGAAAUCAGACAUGCAAAAUGGAAAGAAAAACAAGAUUUACACAUGCACUCCAAAGAAGUGGUUAAGAAUUGGUCAAAUACCAUAGCAGGUCAAAGACAGAAAAAGCUUGAAGCAAAAAAAAUGCGUGAAGAGAAAGAGGAAGAAGAAAGAAAGAAAACUGACUUGGAAGAGGCUCAGUACCAAGCAGAAAAAAGGAAAGAAGCAAUAGAAAAAGCAAAAACUCUUCAGUACUAUCAAACUGAUAGAGUGAAAGGAUUUCAUAGUGCUCUUUUGGUUUCUGAGGUGAUGAAAGAACGGGAUGCCCAGAUUUCACUGAAAAAGAAGAGGGUCAGUGUAAAUAAAAAUGAGGAUAAGGAUACCUGGGCUCAAAUGCAGCAUGCGUUGGAGGAAGUUAUCCAUACAGACCAGCAAAAAGCUCUUCAACAUCUCUUGCAGAAGAAAGAAAUUGCUGACUUCCAAAUGCAACAGAUAAAAGAAAAUGAGCACAAAAAAGAAAUGGAAAAAGAACAUGAAAGAAGAGAGGGAGAAGAAAUAAAGAAGUUAGCAAAGCUGUUUGAGUGGGAGAAGCACAACUUGGAACAACAGCAGAAAGAAGAGAAAACAAAGUUAAAGAAAUCCCAUUUAGAACAUGUCUCCAAUCAAGAAGUCAUUAAAGAAAUAGAAAAACAGAAAGAAGAUGAAGAGAAUGAAAGGAUUAGGUUUUUUGCUACUGCAAAACAAAAAAUGGCAAAACUAAGGAAAGAUAAAGAGGCUGAAGUACAUAGGCAAAUGGGUAUACAGCAGGACAGAAUAACCCAACUUCUGGCUGCUCAGCUUAAAAAGAAACUUGAUGAUGAAGAUGAACGUAUAGCAAGAGCAGUUGCCGAACAGGAAGCAAAAAGGGAAAAAGAAUUUCAAGAAAAAGAAGAGAAAAGAAUGGCUGAAUUGAAGUCCAUUUCAGAACACAGAAUAAGCAUGAGGAAACAAAAUCAAGAAAAAGCAAAAGAAGAAAAGUGGCAAGAACUGGAAAUGCUCAGAGCCAAAAAGGAGGCCGAUCAUGUAUUAAUAACAAAACAGACAGCAGAACAGCAAAGAAUUCUGCAAGAGCAGAAGGAACUACAAAACACUCAUAUUCAGCAAAUGGCAGAGAAAAUGGGUAAAUCUCAGAAAGAAAAGGAAAUGGAAAUUGAAUAUGAGCUACAAAAUAAUGCUGUCAGAGCUUUGGAGGAGAAACAGUUCCAGCAAUAUGCACAACAAGUCAUCCGUUCAGCAGCUGAAACUGGAAGAAAUCUUUAUCCACUUAUCAAGGCUGCAAGAGAGGGUAUUGGAGGUUGGCAUGGGCCAUUAUUUGCAGGUCAUGGAGGAAUAAGGCCUAGUUACCUGGUACAGGAUGAAACUGGAGUUCAACUGCCUAAUUAUCAGCGUGAGACCACUAAAGAAAUUAAACAGAUUCAUGAUACUGGUGAUGUUCAGCAAACUAAGAAAAGGCUAGGCUUUACUUGGUAAUAAGAAAACAGUAAUGGCACAUUACUCAGUGUAUAAUCUACUCUAUAUACAGAGCAGAAUUCACAUUUAAAGUUCAGAGUAGUAGUUUGUCUGGCUGCGGUACCAACAUUUAGCAAGGUUAUACUUGAAAUGUGUGUGCUGUUUUUUUGCAAGUGAUAUUCGUAGGUGUAUUCUCAUGAUAAAAACAAAAAUAUGAUUUUACAUAAACUACCCUGAAAAAAUAUUCUUUGUAUCUGUAACUGGUAUUAGAUGCAGACAUGAGCAUUCAUCUGACACACUUUAGAGCAACUUACAAUAUAGCAUAACUUGGAAUGCAGUUUCCCAGUUGAAAAAAAAAGAGAAUGUUUUAUAUACUAGUAGGAUAUCUGCAUUUUAUUCACAAAUUACUUGAUGUCAUCUCCUGUAUUUAAAAAUUAUAGCCAAACAAUGCCCAUCUGUUUAUCAGUAUUAAAAUUUCUUAUAAAAUUAACAAAAUGCAUGUAAUUUAGCAGCAAUUUUAGGAUAUAGUAUACAAGCAUAUAAAUGUUAAAAAUAUCCAAUGUGGUCAUUUCUAGACUUCCUUUUAAUUUAAAAAAAAAAGGAUGGAGCCGUAAGGAAAAUAAUUGGUUGGAGGAUUGUGAAUGCUUGUUUAUGAGAAUACAAGAAAGUUUGCAAUAUUUAUGAACAUGGAGAACAGUGCUUCUCUCUCUUAAUCUGCCAAUAAGCAUACAAGAUGCUCGGUAAUAUUGCAGCACUAAGAACAUAUUAAUAAAAAGCUUUACUAUUUCAAAUAUGUGCUUGAGAAUAGAAAAUGGUAGGUUGUUGUGUGGAGUUUGCAAAAAAAAAAACAUGUUAAAUGACAAAGCAUAUCAAUGUUAAUUACCAGUGUCAUCUUAAAUACAUCAGGAAAGAAGUUUGACAUAACUAUGGAACAUUGCAAAAUAGCCAUUCUUCAUAACAAUAUGGAUUUUGUUAUACUUCAAGUUAAUAAAAUAUAGCUUGUCAAGGAA